AUGGGUUUCGAAAUUCUGCUCCUAGGUGCGAAACAAGUCGUAGGAGGAGUGAGAGCACCCUCAGGUGAGAAGAUGCCACCCUUAAGAGCCUUCAUGGAUGAUGUCACGAGCAUCCUUCGCACAGCACCAUGCACCAAACGAUUGCUCCAAAGACUUGAAGAACUGUCAAAGUGGGCUGGGAUGAAGUUCAAACCAGCCAAAUCAAGAAGCCUGUCUUUAAGGAAAGGGAAAAUCAGCAACAAAACUUUCACUGUCAAUGACCAAAUCAUCCCGACCCUACAGGAACAACCAGUGAAGAGCCUGGGACGAUUGUACACAAGCAGUCUGAAGGACAGCGAGAGAGGGCCAGAAACGGUGGAACAAGCUGUCAGAGGCCUCAGAAGCAUAGAUGAGUGUGAACUCCCAGGAAGGCUCAAGGUCUGGUGUGCACAGUUCAUGCUGUUCCCAAGACUUAAGUGGCCUCUCAAAACCUACAACAUCUCCUUGUCAGUUGUUGAUCAAAUUGAUAGGAAGGCCAACACCUACAUCCGCCGAUGGCUUGGUGUACCUAGAUGUUUGUCUACUGUCGCACUGUACGGCAACAACAUGCUGAGUCUGCCAUUAUCUUCCAUCACAGAGGAAUACAAGGUGGAGAAAGUUCGACUUGUCCUUGAACUGGAGGGGUCACGUGACUCAUCAGUCAGAGCUGUAACCAAGAAUAUCUGUACUGGGAGGAAGUGGAAAGCUAAAGAUGUCAUCAGUCAGGCGGUAAACAGACUACACCACAAAGAUCUAGUGGGUGCAGUACAGGUGGGAAGAUCAGGACUUGGCUGGGGAGAGAGGCUACACAGGUGGUCAAGUGCCAACCCCAGUGAGAGAAGGCAACUUGUAACUCAAGAAGUGAGAAGGAUGGAGGAGGAAAAGAGGAGAGUAGUUGCAGUGGGCCAGCGUCAACAGGGAGCGUGGGUGAAUUGGGAAGGUGCUGUAGGAAGGAAGUUAACGUGGAACGACUUAUGGGGUAUGCAGAACUUCCGUCUGAGUUUCCUCUUACGAGCCGUAUAUGAUGUUCUCCCCACACCCCAGAACGUCACAAGAUGGUUUAAGAAUGAAGAAACCUGCCUGCUGUGUGGCAUGGAACGAGCAGACCUUAAGCACAUCCUGUCAAGUUGUAAGAUCGCACUCCAGCAGGGGAGAUACACCUGGAGGCACAACAGAGCCCUCAGACAGAUUGCUAUAACCCUGGAAAAUGUAAGAAGGGAAUCUGCAGGAACGGAAACAUCAUGGCAGCCCAUUCAGUUCGUGAGAGGAGGGCAGAGGCCGAAGGAAGCAGCCCCCAGAAGUAACAACGUUGGUGGUGGCCCACUCAGCCGAGGGAAGUGGAAGCUUCUGGCAGACUUAGACAGUCAACUACGCUUCCCAGAAGACAUAUGCGUGACAUCUCUAAGACCCGACCUUGUUAUGUGGUCAGCAGAUCAGAAGACAGUUGCCAUAGUGGAACUGACCAUACCGUGGGAAGAGAACAUCCAAAGUGCACAUGAGAGGAAGAAGUUGAAGUACGAGUGCAGACAGAACGGUUGGAGGACCCACCUCUACCCAGUGGAGGUGGGAGUUCGUGGCUUUGUAGGGACCUCCCUGAUGCGCCUAUGCAGAGACUUUCAGAUUAGGGGUAAAGCCCAGACCCAGUUUGUUCGAUCAGUGGCAGAAGAAGCAGAGAAGAGCAGUUUCUCCCUAUGGAUUAAAAGGAAGACUAGAAGUUGGAAGAGCAGAGACGACUGUGUUGGAGGCAGGGCGGAGACGUCCAUCCUGUCGUCCCGCCGGCCUGAGGCGUAUCAGAAACAAGGGACGAAACGCCCGUGA